ACACUUGCAGUAGCACGUCACUUCUUCAACAGAUUUCUACAGGCUCUACUUCAAACUGCAGCUGAGCUCACAGUGAUGAAUCCUGAAGGUUACCCGAGUGAUUCAGUUCCACUGCAGGGGAGGCCGUAUGAUGGGUUCUCUGGACAGCCUGCAGGCCCUUCAAUGGUUCAAUACACCACUGUGAACGUCACUGAGGAGCCCCCCAAGGACCACAUCAUCUGGUCCAUCUUCAACUUUGCCUACAUGAACCUAUGCUGCCUCGGACUGGUAGCUCUCAUCCACUCCAUCAAGGCCAGAGAUCGGAAGGUGGUUGGAGAUCUGGAAGGAGCCAGAGAGUAUGGCUCCAUUGCUAGCUGCUUCAACAUGGCUGCCACUGUCUUCACUUGCCUCAUUAUUCUCUUUCUCUUUUUCUUUGUUUUAUUUGCCGUUCGUUUUUGA